UUACCCAAUCCGGCUUUUUGGAUUUCGCUUUCCGACUUUCGUGCGGCAAUAUUAACAAGGCAAAUCUGUCGAAAUUAUGAUGACGUCGCCAGUAUUAGUGUCCACCGUCCCAAAAUCAACAUCUCUAAGCGUCAGCUGAAAGUAAUGAACACCAAGGACAUAGCGGCUGUGCUUUAUAGCAGCCAGCACUGAACUACUACCGACUGCCACAUCUUAGACUCCAGUUUUAGCCGGAAGAUAUUUAUGUGCAUCGACCGGCGCGAAAACGGAAUACGAAUAUCCUCUUUAGAACACAGAUAAAUUCCGUAUACAUUAAAUUAAAUCACACUAGUAUUAUGUUAUCCCUUUAGGGGCUUCCGGAUUGUUAGGGCACUAAUUUGCCGCCGGUAUCUCAAUCCUAACAACAUCUAUUGUCAUUGUCAAAAUUUGACAAUGAACCCAAGCACAGUUUUCAAGUUGUUGAAACCCCAAAACUGGCUUUGGAAAAGUGUGACACGCUCUAAAACCAUCUCCGAUUUCGAGAAGCAGCACAAGACACCAAAGUGCGUCAAACCCACGCCGAUACCUUUGGCCCUUUACGGCGGCAAGCACACCGUCACUAUGAUCCCCGGAAGUGGGAUAGGGCCGGAACUGAUGGAAUUCGUCCGCCAAGUGUUCACAGUGGCCAAGGCCCCGGUCCAUUUCGAAACGGUCACAAUUGACGAAAAUCGCGAAGACAACACCGACCUGGAAUACGCUAUUAUUUCGAUCAAACGCAACGGAGUUGCCAUUAAGGGUAACGUGGACACGUUCAGUGCAGACACCACUGUUCGCCUAAGCAAUGUGGCCAUCCGUAACGAGCUGGAUUUGUGCGUCUAUUUGAUGCGUUGCAAGUCUUAUCCUGGUGUCAGAGCAAAGCACGAGAAUGUGGACAUUGUGGUCGUGCGCCAAAACACUGAAGGCGAAUACUGCAUGCUUGAGCACAGCAUUAGAAACGGAACGGUCGUCGAAAACCUCAAAAUCAUAACGGAGGAGAACUCGCAACGCGUCGCCAAAUACGCCUUCGACUAUGCUCGCAAGAACGGCCGCAAAAAAGUAACAACGGUGCACAAAGCCAACAUUAUGAAAUUCUCCGACGGGUUGUUCCUCCAAACGGCGAGGAAAGUUGCUAAGGAUUAUCCAGACAUCCAGCACAACGAUAUCAUCGUCGAUAAUUGUUGUAUGCAGCUUGUGACCAAACCGCAACAGUUUGAAGUUCUUUUAACUCCGAAUUUGUAUGGGAAUAUAGUGGCUAAUGUCAUUUGUGGGUUGAUUGGGGGACCGGGUCUUGUCUCUGGACGGAACUAUGGGGCCCACUAUGCCGUGUUUGAGCCAGGGACCAGAAACAGUGGUCGAACAAUUGCUAAUAAAAAUAUCGCGAAUCCAGUCGCGAUGUUGAACGCUUCUGUAGAUAUGUUGUACCAUUUGGGGUACGUGCAGCAUGCGAAGGUGAUCGAAAAUGCGAUUUUUCAAGCUGUGGCUAAGGAUAAGGUGCAUACGCCGGAUUUAGGGGGGAGUGCGAGUAGUGUUGAUGUUGUAAAGAAAAUUCUCGAAUAUAUUUGAUUAAAAUGAUUACUGCUAUAGUAGUGAAGUAGACCCCAACUACUUGGUGGGGUAAUUUUUAGCGUUAUACGGUGUGUUUAACCAACUAUUUUUUAAUAUAGAUAUCACUAUAGUAGAUAUUACUGUUAGAGUGAUUAGCAGUUACUAUUAAAUUUUGAUAGACUUCGACGAGGUAGGUAAUAACAAUACAGUGAUUAUAAAUAUGUGUACUUUAU